UUUAUAUUUUCCAACACAUGUCAAACAAAAAUCAGUCUACAAGUGGCGCCAUUGAACUACUUCUAGUACUAGUAUUUUUCCAUAUAAACUCUAACCCAAUUUGUACUAGUGUCUGUUGUUCUAGUAAUAGUAGUAGUGGCAUUCAGACAAUUAUCGCUUCAUUUCCUGCUGCAUUCUUAAAUUAAUUGAAAUAUCUACUACAAAUUGUAUUUUAUUUGUAUUUUUAUUAAAUACAAUUUACUUUUUAUACACUACACCACUUCAGUGGGGAGAGUAUUUUAGGUUUAUGCUGAUGUAACGUACAAUAAUAUUGGUCCUAUAUCAACCUUAAAGUAUACCAAUCGGCUUAGAAUCAUUUUCUGAGUCGAUUUAGCUAUGUCCUUCCGUCCAUUUAAAUCCAAUUUUGAAGACAAUUCAAUGAACAUGAUCUUCUAUUGUCCCAGCCUAUUGGAAAUAGUUAUGAUCGGUCCAUUGUUUCACCUAGCCCCCAUAUAAUUAAACCUCCGAAUAGGGCUUUUAAAUUCAUAAUUAUGUUUAAUAUACUUGUAAGCUGCAAACCCAAGUUCUAUCCUUAAUGACACUCAUAAAAUAAACUCAUAAAUAAUAAACCCCUAAAUUUUAUAAUAAUAGGCCCCUAUAAAAAGCACCAUAAUUGUAUUCAACAAUAAAUGGCUUAAGUAUAACUUCACUUUACUAAGUCAUAUAAAUGAAAAAAACUUAUUUCAACAAAAUAGGUCCGUAUCUGUAUAUAUUUUUUUACAUUCAAAUUUAUGAACAAAGACACAUGACACUGAAUUUAAAACAAAAUUUGUUGUUUAGCUAAUUUUUAUUUUCAUAAUAAUAGAUAUAAUAGAUAUAACAAGAAUAGAUAUAAUAAUAAAACAUAAAAUUAAUAAUGAAACUUAUUUUUUGUCAUAUAAUUUUUAUAGAGGUAAAAAUAGAAAAUCGGUCAUAAUCGGUUUAUAAAAUAUAUAUCUAACUAUAAAUUAUAUUUUUAUAUAUUUUAGUACACAACCGUUAAAAUAACGAUACCGAAAUAUGCCGAAAUACCGAUAACGCUAUAAUACCAAUACCGAAAUGAGUCAAAAUAACGAUAACGCUAAGAUAUCGUUACCGAAUUAAGCCAAAAACCGAUAAUGCUAAAAUACCAAUACCAAAAUAAGUUAAAAUAUCGAUAAUGCUACUUUAUCAGCGUUUGGAAACGGUUGCCAAACUUGAUUAUUAACAAAGAGAUUAAUUUGAUUUAUAUCACUUUAAUUAUGUUUGCUUUUCAUAUCUGAGUUAAAGUUAAACUGGAUUAAACUAUGAUUUUUAUAAAUUAUCACAUUAUUGUUUUGUAUUUCAUUUAUUAUAUCCCUUUUUUUGUAUGUAUUUUUCAAUAGAAACGAGUCUUCAACGGCAGUUGCAAUACCCUUUUCAACAGAACCGCAAAGAAACCUGCAAUUGUCAUUUCAAAAUGUAACGGUGUUACACAACGAAAGAAAAAUACUGAAUGAUGUCAGUGGUGUCGUGAGUCCGGGGGAAGUUUUAGCAAUAAUGGGUCCAUCUGGCAGUGGAAAGACUACUUUACUUGAUUGCCUGAGUGGUCAGAGGCGCAUUGAUUGUGGAAGUAUUCAUUUAAAUCGAGAGAUGCUGUCCAAAAAAUGGCGUCGAAAAAUUUGUUAUGUUCUACAAGAGGAAAUUUUUUUUUCGGGCCUUACCCUGAAGGAGACCGUCAUGUAUACAGCCCUAUUACGUUUGCCUGAAGAAAUACCAGUGACAGAGAAAGCGAAACUAGUUGAUGAUAUUUUACAAUCUCUUGAGUUGACUUUUUGCCAAGAUACAAAAUUUGGAGAUUAUAUGAACAGAGGGUUAUCGGGUGGAGAAAAGAAAAGGGCUAAUAUAGCGUGUGAACUUUUAACCAAUCCAUUAUUAAUGUUAUUGGAUGAACCUACGUCAGGCUUGGACAGCCAUUCUGCAAUAUCGCUAAUGAAAAUUUUAAAACGUUAUGCCACUGAAGAGCAAAAAACCAUUGUGAUAACCGUUCACCAGCCAUCAUCGCAAAUGUUUCAUAUGUUUGAUAAAUUAUUGUUACUUUACAAUGGAACAACAGCUUAUUUUGGUGAGGUCAACGACAUUUAUAGAUAUUUCGAAAAUAUUGGCGUUUCAAUAAAACCUCAUUAUAAUCCAGCUGAGUUUGUACGUAAGUAAAUUUUUUAUACCAUGUUAUACACGAACAGUGAAUUACAUCGCCAUGUUGUUUUUUCUUUCAUUAUUUUCGUUUGUCUCCAACAAAUGAAUAAAAAAUACCUGAUAAAAAUUAGAGAUGACACUUAUUCAUUCGUAAUGCAAACUACAGGAAUUUUAUAUUGAAAACAAUAAACAUUUUUCGAAUUCAUUUUUUGUUAUCAAUAUAAAUCUAGAAAAUACUUGUUCGUUUGCAUUUAGAGGAACAGGCCCUAAAUUACGUACAACUUGUGUAAUUCGCACUUGAAAUUUUAUAUGGCGUAUAAUUUAAUUCAGUUUGUAAUUGGGGUUUGCUUCGUGCAAAUGAGGUAUUAUUUACAAAUACUCUUCAUAUACUAAUACACCAGUAAUUUUUAUACCGUGAGAAGGGUAUAUAAGUUUGUCAUUCCAUUUGUAAUUCUACAAUAUACAUGUUUUGUUUGUAAAUCCAUUCGACUCCGAUAAGCUUCUAAGCCCGAACUUGGUUUUC